AUGUUGGCAGCCUUUGAGCCUGGUGCGGCGGGACUCAAAGUUUACGAGACAGCCGCCCGCCGUGCGGAUAUCAGGUUUGGACUCGUCACCGAUGCGUCUCUUCUACCAGAGCUCGACUUACCCGGCGAAGAAGAUAUCGUUCUGAUGUAUCGGAGUUUCGAUGAGCGGAUCGUUCGGUUUGACAUGGACUUCACGGUUGAGAACCUGAAGCGUUUCGUUGACGCUAAAAGUCUCCCCCUCGUGGCUGAGCUCGACAAGACACCUGAGAACAGAAACAUUCUGCGACGCGUGUUUGAAUUUCGCGCCCCGAAAGUUAUCGCCUUCAUCAAUUUUAA